AUGACUGCUUAUGAAUCUGUCCCUGAAGUUUUAAAAAAUUACAACAAUUGCAUGAAUCUGAAGCGCAACCAUCAACAUGAGCCAGUGAAAACCCAAAAAUGGGAGGAAGCUUUAACUUCCAUUACUCAAACAAUUGGGAUGCGCUUGCCAGAACAAAGUGACAGGUCCGAUAAAGAAUUCAUAAAUUCAAUCGUCAAGGAGGUUAAAAAUUUACUGGCGAAUAUCCCCAUUGUAGAAAAACCUCCAAGGGAAGUAACAAAUCAGUCAAGAGGAAUUUUCUUUGUCCCUGCAAGGAGACUUGAGAUUGCUCAUUCAGAGAAGCCUGAAAACUGGACAUGGAGUUCUAUCCACGAUGAGCGAAGCGAAGCAGACAUUGAAGUAGCGACGCUGAUUACGGUGUACUGGCUACAUAUAACCGGAAAUUUUCACACAAGGAAGCUAACACCGGGGACAAAGUACGAGGUAGUGUUCAUUUUGAACUUAGAUGAUACAGCAUCCGGAUGGGAAGAGCCAGUAACCCUAACGCUGAAGCUGGAACAUCGCGGUGGAAGCCAUAGUAUACAAGAGCGUACUCUGUGUUUAGAUGACUGCAUUGGCGAUGGCAAUAAUUGUUUAGAUAUUCAAGUUGGAGAGUUUGAGGCACCGCCAAAGAGUGCGGCCGCGAAGAUCUUCUUUUCUUUGCAUCAAUACGUGGACACUGAUCGGAAGGAUGGUCUCGUGGUAAAAGGUGUUGCAAUACGCCCCACGGCUAUGGACCACGUCACUAUAUGAAUGGAGAAUCAUACUUAUCUUA